AUGGGGCUGCUCUAUACUAUCUUGGAUCCGCGCUCAGAUAACAAAAGAAUCCUCGAUACUAUCAGGGACACGUUGAAAGUGAUUGCAAUCUGCCUGCGAAUAAUAUGGACUGGGUCGAGGUAUGUUGUGGACUUGAGUGAUGAAUGCCAAAUAACACAACACCAGGCACUAUUCUCCCGCCUGGGAUUUGAGAAUGCGGAUGGUCGACUUUCUGGACAGGAACAUCGCGGUCGCUUCCCUCACACUUUGUUCCUUCAGCCGCAGGCUACUGUAUCGGAAGAGAAUCCCAAUGAUCAAAAAGAGACUAUGCUCUUCAUGCCGUAUCUCCACUUCGAAACAAACCAGGGCCGUAUAGGUCUGAGCAACGCUCUCAGCAGGAUGGCCCGCUCAUUGACGGAAAAGAAUAUGGGCGACAACCCCUUGAGUCUGUCUCCUCAAAAUGAUGCUGCUAGCACUGUGGAGGAUUUCGCUGAGAACGACCCUUCUGACGAUGAUUCUGACGAUGAUUUGAUCAAAGGGCCCACGGAGAAAAAAUUUGAGCAGUACAAAGAGAAGUUUAAGCAGUUUCGGAGGCUUAUUAAACAUUAUCAAAAGACUACUUUAGACAGUGUUAGUCAGACGUCAGCUGCUGAAGAUGAGAAGCUAGUCCAAGCAUAUUUGGCUUCGCAAAAUCAUCGCCUCCAUAUCCGGAGAACACUAGAUCAAUUUUACUAUCUUGGAAUGGAGGACACUGAAGACCGUGACACGAAUCAAGUUGUGCAAAGAUAUGCGCUGAAGGGUCUUGACAAAAUAGAUGAAAAUCAAACUGAUUUGUUAUUGCAAAGCAAGCUCAUCAUGGUAGAUCAGCUAUGGCUAUGGAUCCUCGGAAAAGGCACUGUAAUCACCAGCUUUCCACAGGGGUGGGGUCAAGCUGCGGGCUCCGAAGACGAACAUGUUGGAAUGUUGGAGCAGAUCAAACAAUACCUCAGAGAACCGGGACGAGAUCCAAUCAGAUCUGCAGAAGCACUUGCAUCUGUCAUAAUCAAGGAGUGUACGCAAGUUUUCGGCCGCUUUCAAGUUUCCGAGAAGCUUCAAUUUCUCGAUUUCUUCGACUCGUCAAUCAGCGACGUCGCAGAUAGACAUUCUAGGAUUUUUGCUAAACUUGGUGUAGGGUGGGAUGACGAAGAUGAUUUCGUCGAGACGAAAGCCAUUAGCCUGAGCAACAAAUCCAAAAAAGAUAAGAGGAAAGAAAAAUAUAAGGCAAAAAAGAGAAAGAUGAUGAAGAAGGCACAGCUGUAUAUCAACGAAGAGGUUGAGCUUCUGGUCGAGAUACAAGACAUCCGCGAUGAGCUAAGAAUCAUCGAGAUGGUGCUUGAGGAUCAGUAUACCGUCCUAGCAGAUGUCGAGAACGAGACCCAACAGCCGAAGUCCCUAACCCAUAUUUCCCGUGCUAAAUUCCCCCCCGUAGAUGGGAAACCUGUCGAUAGUCAUGUCAAAUUCAAUCGCAGAUCCAUCGAGCACAUGGUAUUAGGAGCGAGAGAUGUGUACAAUGCGAUAUACCACUUAAUCGACUUGAAGCAGAAGCAAGCCAACAUUACAGAAGCCCGAUAUGCUCGUAGGGAAGCGAAUAGUGCGGCCAAAGAAGGCAGAACAAUUCUUGCCUUAACAAUUGUGAACAUGAUAUUUCUUCCACUGUCUUUCAUGACCAGCUUCUUCUCUCUCGAUAUCGUGGAAUUUCCCAAAGAUCCUGUCACCCAAGAGAAGGAUUUGCCUCUUCGCUGGGUUGCUAAAUAUAUCUUUGGGAUAUCCAUAGCAAUCGCCCUUCCAUCCAUUGCUCUCGCAAUGGCCAUUGGCCCUAUGGCGGGCUUCGCAAAAAAGCUCGGUCGCGCCGUGCGAUAUUGGGCCGCAAAUAUACUUGGGGUCAUCGGUGGGCUUAUCGUUUUGGUGCUGCUCACUGCGAUUGCGAUCGCUCUUAUCCCCGUCGCUGUUGGGCUUCUCAGCAGCAGCUCCCGUUUAUUUAUUCGCUCUCGGCUUUUUCUAUUUUUGAUAAGGGAGGCCUCUGAUUUGGAGGAUGCGACGAGAGAUGAAGGACCUGAGAUCCGAAUAAAUGAUGAGUUUGGCGAUGGCAUUAACGGCGAAUCGGAAAAUGUUGUUAAUGAGAAAGCGCCUGUGGUGAUGGAGAGGAGUAUUGAAACGCAAAACACGCAUGGGAAGGUGGAUGAAAUCGAAGAGGUGCAUCAAUGGACAAUGCCAUAA